AUGAGAAAAGGCUGGCAGGUCGGAAGCUUUUGGUUUUUCCAAGCCUUGGAUAGCCCUAAAGGCCUAUUCAACAUUUUCCGUGACCAUAUCCAGCCAAGAUUUGCGCCAUCUCAAAGUGCUGAUCCAUCGGACUUCUCCAGAAUAGUAACCGAGUACUGGGCUGUGGAUACCAAGGAUGUUAUCGAGGGAAAGUUGAAGGACAAGGAAGUCUACGAAAAUGAACUACGUUUGCGUUUCCGAAAUGGGCCUGAUUGCACAUAG